AUGGCGCUGUGCCGCCGAGGGGCCCCGGCCGAGGCCGAAGGCUGCGGAUUCCCGGCCGGAGCGGGGCUCAAGGUGCUGCUGCACUGGAGCGGGGAUGAGGAGCGGGAGCGGUGCCGCGUCUACGGGCGCGGAGCGCCCAGCGCCGAGGAGAUCUGCAUCGACCUGGCGCGAGGCAUCGGAAUUUCCCCGCUCUGCUACAACCUCUUCGCCCUCUACGACCCCCAGAGGCGGCUGUGGCUCCCUCCCAACCACCAGUUCCACAUCGGGAAGGAAACCAACACCAACCUGAUCUUCCGCAUGAGGUUUUAUUUCCGGAAUUGGCACGGCAUGAACGACAAGGAGCCGGCGGUUUUCCGGAAUGUUCCGCGGGCGGGGGAUUCUCCCGAGGAAAAACCUCCUGGAGGAGCUUUACUGGACAGAUCCUCCUUCGAGUACCUCUUCGAGCAGGGAAAAUUCGAAUUCAUCAACGACGUCGCCUCGCUGAAGGAUUUCCAGAGCGAGCCCGAAAUCCAGAAGUUCAAGAACGAGAGCCUGGGGAUGGCCGUGCUGCACCUCUCCCACAUUGCCAUCAAAAAGGGCAUUUCCCUGGAGGAGGUGGCCAGGAAGUACAGCUUCAAGGACUGCAUCCCGCGCUCCUUCCGCCGCCAGAUCCAGCAGAACAAUUUCCUGACCAGGUUCCGGAUGAAGAACGUUUUCCGCCGCUUCCUGCGGCGCUUCCAGCGGCACACGGUGGCCGCCGGCAACCUGACGGAGCGGGACGUGAUGUACAAGUACCUGGCCACGCUGGAGCAGCUGGCUCCCAGGUUUGGGAGCGAGAUUUUCCCGGUGCUUUCCCUGGAAACGGCGGCCGAGGGCGAGAAGGGGCCGCCCGGGGCCCGCGCGGAGCCGGAGCAGCCGCCGGUCCCCCGGGAUUGUCCGGUCACUCACCACGUCCUGGUCACCGGCACCGGCGGGAUCCAGUGGCGGCCGGUGCCCGGAGAGAGCACGGAAAGCUUCUCUCCGCGGGGAUAUUUUGGGAGGAAAAGCAGGAAUAAGGAAGCGGAGGCGCGGCCGGCGGAGCCGAGCGAGCCCCCCUGGUGCCGUUUCUGCGAUUUUCGGGAAAUCACCCACGUGGUGGUCAAGGAUUCCAGGAUCAGCAUCCACCGGCAGGACAACGAGUGCCUGGAGGUGCUGCUGCCGUGCCCGGGCAGUGCCCUGGCUCUGGUGUCGCUGGUGGACGGAUAUUUCCGGCUGACGGCCGACUCCAGCCAUUACCUGUGCCACGACGUGGCCCCGCCGCGGCUGCUCCUGAGCAUCCACAACGGCAUCCACGGGCCCAUGCAGGAGGAGUUUGUUUUUGCCAAGCUCCGCCGGGAAGAGCCGGAGGAAGGGCUCUACAUCCUCCGCUGGAGCGUCCUGGAUUUCAACCGCAUGAUCCUCUCCGUGCUCAAGAGGAGCCACCAGCAGGCUCCUGGGACGCCGGGAGCCUUCAAGUACCGGCAGUUCCGGAUCCAGAAGAAGGGAGACUCCUUCGUGCUGGAGGGCUGGGAUCGGGAAUUCCCUUCCCUGCGGGAGCUCCUGGACGUGCUCAAGGGCUGCACCCUCAAAUCCGGCGAGGAGAACUUCACGGUGAAGAGGUGCUGCCCGCCCAAGCCGGGAGAGGUCUCGGACCUGCUGAUCGCGCGGAAGGCGAAGGAUAACGGGAAGCAGAUCCUGAACCUCACCCAGCUCAGCUUCCACCAGAUCCGCAAGAACGAGAUCACCCAGCGAGCCCACCUGGGCCAGGGCACCCGGACCAACAUCUACGACGGGGUGCUGAGCGUCUGCUCAGGGAAUUCCGGGAACGACGACGAGGCCGAGUAUUUUUCCACGGAGCAGAACAACAACGGGCGGGAGAUGCACGUGGUGCUCAAAGUCCUGGACCCCAGCCACAGGGACAUCGCCCUGGCGUUCUUCGAGAGCGCCAGCCUGAUGUCCCAGGUGUCCCACGUCCACCUGGCCUUCGUGCACGGCGUCUGCGUGCGCGGCUCCGAGAACAUCAUGGUGGAGGAGUUUGUGGAGCACGGGCCCCUGGACGUGCUGCUCCGCAAGGAGAAGGGCCGGAUCUCCGUGGGGUGGAAAAUCACCGUGGCCAAACAGCUGGGGAGUGCCUUGAGCUACCUGGAGGAUAAGAACCUGGUGCACGGGAAUGUGUGUGCCAAGAACAUCCUGCUGGCCAGGAAGGGGCUGGAGGACGGAUCCGUGCCCUUCGUGAAGCUCAGCGACCCCGGGGUCAGCUUCACCGUGCUCUCCCGGGAAGAGCGCGUGGACAGGAUUCCCUGGAUCGCCCCGGAAUGUGUCCGGGAUGUCGGGAACCUCAGCACGGCCUCGGACAAGUGGAGUUUUGGGACAACACUCCUGGAAAUCUGCUUCGACGCCGACGUCCCGCUGAAGGAGCGGACUCCCUCCGAGAAGGAGCGUUUCUACGAGAAGAGGCACCGGCUGCCGGAGCCUUCCUGCCGGGAAUUGGCCUCGCUGAUCUCCCGGUGCCUCAACUACACCGCGGUGGAGCGGCCGUCCUUCCGCACCGUGCUGAGGGAGCUGACCCGGCUGCAGCCGCACCACCUCGUGGACGUCACGUCGGUGAAUCCCGACUUCCCGGUGUCGGAUCCCACCGUCUUCCAGAAGCGGUACCUGAAGAAAAUCCGGGAGCUGGGGGAGGGCCACUUUGGGAAGGUGAGCCUGUGCUGCUACGACCCCACCAACGACGGCACUGGGGAGAUGGUGGCGGUGAAAUCCCUGAAAUCUGGGAGCAGCCCCCAGCUCCUGAGCUCCUGGAAGAGGGAAAUCCAAAUCCUGAAGACCCUGUACCACGAGAACAUCGUCAAGUACAAGGGCUGCUGCAGCGAGCAGGGGGACAAGGUGGUGCAGCUGAUCAUGGAAUACGUCCCGCUGGGAAGCCUCCGGGAAUUCCUGCCCAAGCACCCCCUGAGCCUGUCCCACCUCCUGCUCUUCGCCCAGCAGAUCUGCGAGGGCAUGGCCUACCUGCACUCCCUGCACUACAUCCACCGGGACCUGGCAGCCCGGAACGUGCUGCUGGAGAACGAACACGUGGUGAAAAUUGGGGAUUUUGGGCUGGCCAAGGCCGUCCCCGAGGGCCACGAGUACUACCGGGUACGGGAGGACGGCGACAGCCCCGUGUUCUGGUACGCCCCCGAGUGCCUCAAGGAGUGUAAGUUUUACUACGCCUCGGAUGUUUGGUCUUUUGGGGUGACCCUCUACGAGCUCCUGACACGCUGUGACCCCGGGAGCAGCCCCCCAGCUAAAUUCCUGGAGAUGAUCGGGGCCACGCAGGGGCAGAUGACGGUGCUGAGGUUGAUCGAGCUCCUGGAGAGGGGGAAGAGGCUCCCCAUGCCCAGGGAUUGUCCCUGCGAGAUUUACCGGCUGAUGAAGAACUGCUGGGAGGCCGAGGCCUCGUUCCGCCCGGCCUUCCCCAACCUCGUCCCCGUCCUCAGGAGCUUCCAGGAGAAGUACCGGGCCCAGGCGCCCUCCGUCUUCAACCUCUGCUGAGGGAGGGGGCAAAGAAAUCCAUGGGAUGGGGGGGGGACACCCCAAAAAAACCCCCAUGGAAUGGAGGGGGGAAUACCCCA